AGGUGGAGCACCGAGCUGCUGGACGGGAGGAAAUCCGCGCCGCCGCCGUUGCUGCAGCUGCUGCGCCCGGAUCCGUGCGGACCCUCCCGCCUCCGCCGGGGGCUCGAGCGGCCGCGGCCGGUAGGGGAGAGGUGCCCGGCUCUGCGCUCGCCCUUCCGAGGAGGUACGGCCGGCCGGUGCGGGGUGCUGGAACGCUGUGCCUGCAGAGUUCGAGGAGCAGGGGGCCGGCUGCCGGUGGCUCGGGAGGCCCCAGCCGAGCUCUUGGCUCCGGCCCCGGUGUUUAAAGCGUUCCCUGGACCUGCUUCGGGCGCCGGGAGUUUUGCCGUUCAGCCAACGCGCCGCGGCCACGCCUCAGCAUCUCUGGUAGAAGAUGGCAGACUACUCGAGGAAGUCCUUUAAAGACAGUCUGAGUGAUAUAAAACAACGUAUGAGAGAGAAAAGAGCUCAGAAGUUGUCAAGGCUGGGUAAAACUAUCCAGUUCUCCACCGUAAAGGCCAGAAGAGCAACCAACAAAUCCAACAAAAUGAAGAUCAUUCAAGCAAACAACAGAGAUCUGGCUCUGUCCUUGCAAGAACAAAAGCUCAAACUGAGGGAAGCUGAAGCUACCAUUGUUCAGCUAAAGAAAGAUUAUUACACUUUGAAGGCUCAGAUGCUUGCCUUGCAAAGAAAUCAUAGGUUCCAGCAAGAACAAGGACAAAUGGAGAAUUCACUGUCAGCCUUGAACGAGAUAAUUUCCGAAGUCUCUCGGAGUUUACUGGACUCAGUCACUGCUCUUGGCACAGCGAAGAAUUUGUGUUCCAUAGACGUGAAACAAAGAGUGCUUUCUUCAGGUCCUGGAAACAGUUGCAGUGUCACAGGACCAAUGCAUUCAAUAGAACCUCUAAAGUGUGUUCUUCAAGAUAGUCCUGUACUUCCGAGUGAGAUGGAAGCUGAUGGUGACAGAAAUUCUUUGCCAAAGAUCUGUGUAGCAUCUGACAGUGACAUUUCCUUUACCAAAAUAAUUCCAAGCGAAGGACAGCCAUCUGAUUUUCAUCUGAACAACACAGAGCCAGAGCUGGAAAACGUUUCUUCAAGUGUAAAGUUUGGACUUGGUAGGAUGUUACCAAAACAUGUAUCCACCAGACGUCGCUUUUCAAAGAUGAGGAACCUUGAUGUAAUGUGUACUCAUGUCUUGGACCAUUUAGAAGCACCUGAUUCAGUAGAAGAACUUUCUGAACAGAGUGAAAUUAGGCUUGAGGAAAGUCUAGAGGAGUGUGCUACAGAAAAUAUAACUGCAACUGUUCCUCACUUGAAUGAAAGCAACGUCCAUUCAGAGCUGGCAGAGUUGAGGCAGAAAAAUUCUGAAACUACACAGUUCAAAUUAAAACGUAAUUCUGAUCUCAAACAACCAGAGUGUAAAAGCAAAGAAAACCCUCAACGAAAGAAAGAAAAGCGCCAGAAAGGAAAACUGGAAUGGCCACUUACUUCCCAACAAAGACCAAGAAAACUGGGUAAAGAAGCUUCUAAAGAAAACCUGAAUUUCUUGGGUGACAUCAGUGAUGCUUAUGACUUUCAUUUGGAAGAGAGUGUCCAUCUUACACCUUUUCGACAAAACAAGGAGAGCAAUAGUGAUACUGAAGAGGAGGACGAAGAAGACUCAACUGAAACCAAUACCAUUGAGUCAAGCAGUACUGCAGGUGACUCAGAUGACAGCCUCUAUGAGCCUUACAAGAGUAAAUCAAAGAAAAGGCAAAGUUCCGUGGACGAGAGCCCUACGUCAUCAAUCCAUCCAAGGCCAAGAUCUAAAAGAUGUUUGGCACAGCGUGAGCAGAAGCUCUGUCACGAAGAAGAGACUGAAAACAACAAAUCAAGUGAUAAGUCUAUUAGGCAGCCUUCUGAGCCAUCUCGUGGGCAUCUCUGUGAUAUUACCAAUACAGCUGCAGUGCUCCCCAGCACUGGGAAUGCAGAAAUUGUCCCUGAAGGUGAAGGACUUGAGUCUCCAAAACGCAAGCGGCGAAGCUGUACUAUUACUGUGAACUACAAAGAACCAAGUAUUGCAGGGAAACUCAGGAGAGGAGAUCCAUUUACAGAUACAAAGUUCCUGUGUUCUCCAAUUUUCAAGGUGAAAAAAGAUGCUAAACGACAUUCUCAUAAACUGAAAAAAUACAAUGAGAAAUUGGUUAGUUGUCUUUGAGAUUUUCAGCAAAACCAUGCUUCUGCCAUGAAGAAAGCAAUUUCCUGGAUGAAAUAUUUUGUUGCACGGUAUGUUAUAUAAAUAUGUGAAUAAGUUGUGUGUCUAGUAUUAAGGAUAUCACAUUAAAGGUGCCUGGAUUUAUUCUAGUGCCUUAUUUUUAAUGAUUGAUUACUUUUAUAACUAAAGUGAUUCUAUUUAAGCUCUUUUUGAAUGGAUCUGGGAGCAUAUGAGAAAUGUCUGAUGGAUAAGAUGGCAAAUGUCAUUAUCUGGGUGAACUUUUAGGCACUUCAAAUGUUUUGGGCAGGAGGUAUUUUUAAUAAGUGUUUAUACAGAUCUUGUUCAUGUGAUGGUAGUAGUUUCAUGUUGA